AUGAGAAACCACACCACAGUAACAACCUUUAUUCUUCUUGGACUGACCGAUAAUCCACAGUUACAAGUGGUCGUUUUUCUUCUCCUUUUUUUCACCUACAUUUUGAGUGUCAGUGGGAAUCUAACCAUAAUCACCCUCACCCUCCUGGACUCACGUCUAAAGACACCCAUGUAUUUCUUCCUCCGAAGUUUCUCAUUUUUAGAAAUCGCAUUCACAACUGUCUGCACCCCCAGAUUUCUUGUCAGUAUGGCGACAGGCGAUAAGACCAUUUCUUACAAUGGUUGUGCAACACAGCUGUUUUUUACUAUUGUCUUGGGUUCAAUUGAAUUUUUUCUUCUGGCCGCCAUGUCUUAUGACCGCUACGCGGCCAUCUGCAAACCCCUGCAUUACCUGACCAUCAUGAGUGACAGAGUCUGCAACUUGUUGGUCUUUGCUUCAUGGUUGGCUGGUUUUAUAAUAAUUGUUCCACCACUCCUUGUGGGUCUCCAGCUAGAUUUCUGUGCAGCCAACACUAUAGACCAUUUCUUCUGUGAUUUUUCUCCUAUAUUACAGCUCUCUUGCACAGACACAGAUGUAAUAGACUUAAUGGCAUUUCUCUCAGCCAUUUUGAUCCUCCUGGUUACAUUAGUAUUAGUGGUUCUCUCCUAUGCAAACAUCAUCAUGACUAUACUGAAGAUACCUUCUUCUCAACAGAAGAAGAAAGCCUUUUCUACAUGUUCUUCUCACAUGGUGGUUGUGUCCAUUUCGUAUGGCAGCUGCAUCUUCAUGUAUGUGAAACCCUCUGCUAAGGACAGAGUGUCUUUAAAUAAAGGGAUAGCCCUGCUCAGUACCUCUGUUGCCCCCAUGUUGAAUCCCUUCAUUUACACACUGAGAAACAAACAAGUGCAUGAUGCUUUUAAGCACAUGAUCAAAAAGACUGAGAUUUUCUCAGGGAAGUGA